GGGGUGGCGGUGAAGAGAGACACGUUAAUGUGGAAAAGACCGAUCGACGUAGAUUUUGAAUAUUUUGCAGAUGUACAGGUGACAGCUGGUAGACUCCAGAGUCAUUUUCAAACCAAAACACAAAGAAAGUGCGGCACGGUUAGACUUUGGACUGAAAUUAAGGUGCAGCCAGUACCGGGUACGACAUUUGUAACCGCUAAUUGCAGAAGCUCCGGGAAGCCCUGGGAGGAUUGUGAACCUUUCCGUGUCAGGAUGUUCGAAAAAAGAAUUGUUUUCGUCCUGGUGGAUGUCCUGUGUGUGAUUGUGGCAUCAUUACCAUUUGUCAUAUUGACGCUAAAGGGUAAACCAAAUAUGCGAGGAUUUUACUGCAAUGAUGACAGCAUAAAAUAUCCAUAUAAAAAGGAUACCAUUUCACACUGGCUGAUGGCUGCAGUUAUUAUUCCAGUCUGCAUCAUAAUUAUUACUGUUGGAGAAGCAUUUAUGGUUCACCUAAAACUAUUGUACUCGAGAUCUGAGUUCAAUAACUAUUUGGCUGCCUUGUAUAAGGUGGUAGGAACCUUCGUGUUUGGGGCUUCAGUGAGCCAAUCAUUGACUGACAUUGCAAAAUACACCGUUGGACGUCUUCGGCCAAGCUUUUUGGCGUUGUGUAAACCUAACAUGUCAUUGGUGAAUUGCUCACAGUACGUCCAGUCAUAUGUUUGCACAGGGUCAGUUGCAGAUGUCGCAGAGGCAAGGUAUGUAGCUCAUCAAUAUUUUAAGCCACAGUAAAAUGUUUUCCUUUUUCUGUAUUUGCAGGUCCGUUUGCGUGUAAAAUGGGCCAGGCUUUUGCGACCAACCAUCCAGUUCUUCCUGCUAGCAUUUGCGAUUUAUGUGGGUUAUACCCGCGUCUCUGACUACCGACACCACUGGAGUGAUGUGUUAGUUGGAUUCCUCCAAGGCGCUAUCGUUGCUAUUUUAGUUGUGCGAUAUGUUUCAGAUUUCUACAAAGACAGACCCCUAUUUGGAGAGGUAUCUGAAGCUUCAGAACCAGAGAGAAAACCCAACAUUCCUCUAAGUGAAACUGAGCCUAUGAAUCAUUAUGGAACACGACACAUUCCCUGACUGAUCUGUGUCCAUUCCAUCGCCAAGAAACUGUGCUUUCCCAUUGAGCAUUUAAAGGAAACCUGGAAUUUCCUUCCUUCGUAUUUUUAAACUUUGUUCUGUUUACUGUGGCUCAACACUGAAGACACAUUUCAGGCUCUGGGGUGAAAGGAGCACUGAUUUACUUUUUAUAUACUUGUAACAAUGAGACCGGAAAAAGAUAGGCUCACAGAUGAAGCAUGUUGCUGUAUUUAUCACUGCAAAAACAUCUUGCCAGAACAUAUUAACUUUGCCCUCAUUUUAAAGGAAUACUGCAAAAUUUGCAUGUCUGCCGUUUUUGAAACAACAAGAAAAAAGACAAUCCAUUCUUUUGAUGCCCUGUGUCGUGUUUUGAAUGCAAGAUGUAGAUGGAGUUGGGAAGCUGAAUCUGUUACUAGAUGAUUGCUAAUGCUACUCGCUGUUAGAUGAUUUGUGUUCAUGACCUAGGAUGGUGGUGACUGAUUUUUUUUCUCUCUCUCUCUCUGAGCUGUCCUUUUCUCUGUAGUUUCUCUGUUUUCUUCUCACUAGAGAGCUAGCUAACUCCGUGUGCAGUCAAAGAUGGAGGAAACAUGGCAGGUUCCUUGCAAUUGCAUGCUUUAAGUGGAAAACUUGAACUGAUUUGUAUCUGAUGUCUGAGAAACACCACUGAGGGCGAUAUUGAUUUGAUAAGGGACUUCUUGAGAAUUCACUAACAAAAAAAGAUUUGGAUUGCCUGUGCUGUUGAGAUUUCAAUAGCCCCACCCUUCCUCCAAAGUACAAUAGGGAAACGCACUGUUCUGGGCUCGGCUGAGCUAGCUGCUCUCUGUAAAGGCAAUGUUCGAGCACUGUGUUUGAUCCCAGUGCUCAGGAUAAGCCAGGGAAUGAGUCAAAGCAGCCCAACGUUUCUGUUCCUGAUCACAGCUUAUCUGACCCACAGCCAUCACUAAUGAGCAACAUUAGACUCAACAUUGCUUACAGAAGGAUAGAGAUGUCAAAUAAUCUGACUGGAUUGAAUUUGGAAUGAUACUUGUACCCGUGCAACAAUGCCCAGGAUAGCUCAGAGUUUUGGAGAGGAAGGAAGAAGAUUGAAACUAUAAGACCUGAUUAGAAUUUAAUUGAUAACUAUUUUGAAUACAUACUUAAUCUGAAUGUUUUUCUGCCAAGUGCCAAAUCUAGGACUGAUGUGUUUACAGUUUGUAAUCCCAUAAAAUUACAGUAUCUUUAAGUAACAAUAUUUUCUGAAGCAUGCAAGACAAAUUAUUUCAGUGUUACCCUGUUAACCUUUUAAUGAGUGUGUUGAGUCACUGAGAACUGGAACAAAGAUUAAUUCCUUGCUGCAAGACAAGAGACUGAAUAAUCCAAGCAAUAAUGUAACCACUAGCUCGAACAUAAACAGAAAUAUCCGCAUUAAAAGAAAAUGGCAGCUAUUUGGCAGUGAAACUCUUAACCAUCUUGAUCCUUACAGGCUUUUAUUAAAUUACCUUUGUGUACUUAAUGGUCUGACACUAGUUUAUGUACUCAAUAUGAUGUUACAGCGAGGAUAUUUCAAACUGCCAUCAGAUCAAAGCUCACUGCUAAUUGUAUUCAUUCCCUAUGAAGCAAGUCUCUUUGCUGAUCAAACCAUAUGAAAUUUCAGAUGAGCAAACUUUGCAUUUGUAUCAGGCCUUGCAUUUGUGUCAUGACAUAACUCCAGCAUAGCAUAGAGGUACAUUUCAAAACUUUGGACUUAAUAGCACCUAAUUAGCUCCAGACCUAGAGUGAGACAUUGCCAAGGUUUCCUGCAUGAAAGAUAAAUAUCGCAGGUUUGUUUUCUAAACACUUAAUGGAAUUGCCAAAAUUUCUCAAAUAUGGGAAGCCAGUAGGGAUUGUGUCCACCGAGUCCAGUGAGCAAGCAUUUUAGCCUCUAUGUACCAGGUCUUUCACCCCAAAGGAGAACCAUGAUCCACUUGUCUCUGCAACUCAUUUGAGAUGAGAGUAGAAGAUUGAUGGGCUCCACGUUGCUUGUACCCUAUGCAUUUAGAUAUGAAAUAAGUAAAUAUGAAAUUAGUACACGAGUAAUCUGGAAAUUAGAGGGCAUGUGUUCCUCUUUAUAUGGGCGCAUUAAACUCUGUCUAUAUGUUGCAGAUGAAACCAUACUAGAUUUGAUAUCACCCACUGCGGGUGUGUUUUAAAAAAAAGAAAAAAAAAAAAAAAAAACUCUUUAUUUUUGUUUUGAAAUUGAACAUUGAAGUUUUUUUUAAAUUUAGGUAUUUUGUAUAUAUUUGCAUAUAUUCUAGACAUUAAGGAACCUGAUUUAGGAGAUGGAAUUUAGCUUGUUGUAACAAAUUGUUAAGGUCUGGAAUUAAACUUCACCAAUAUACAAGAUGAUAUGAAAUAUGAGCCAGUUAAAUUUGUACAGCUUAUUUUAUAAAAUCAAAUAAGUAAAAACAAAGUCUCGCAAUUUCUCUCAAUAUUCACAAGCGUUUGUGUAUUUUUUAAGGCAGCCUUUUUUUCAAAACAAAUAAUACAGUUCAAAUGUUAAUAGCAUGGUCAAGCUCACUGAAUUAAUUGUAAAGUUGCUUUAGGUUUGUGGGUGAAAAAUUGUAUUUCUGGUGAAAUUUCUAAAUUUUCUUAUGUUUAUAAAUGCGGUAUAAAGAUGAGAGAUUUUAUUAAUGAUGCAUUAAAGUGUUUUUUUUUAA